AAAAAAAAAGACCUAAAUAGACCCUAACACAAAAAAUUAUAGCCCACAUAACAGAUACCGUAAUAAAUUCUGGGAGUAUUGCCCCAAAACCCCCCUCGGUGGCCAUGUUGUGCCCUUGAGCUUGUCCCAAACGACAUCUCAUCCAUCAAGGGUACGGUGUCAUGUUAUUUUGUUGAAUGAAAUACAUACGGAUUAUUAUUUAAGAAACGAGUAAUAAAUCGGUGUAUAUGGCUGGCUGUUUUCUAAAGUAGUUGGAGAAUAGCAUAAAUUGUUACGUCUUUUUGAGAGCAUAUUACAUGUCUCUUUAAACUCUUUGCAUCCUCCCAACUUCCAAUUUGCGCAAAGAUGAGUGGAGGGUACUAUACAUACACACUGUACAGUAUUCAUCAAUUGAUUGCACCGUGCACUAUCUUUGUUAACUUGGUCAAAAAAAAUUAAACACCACUAUAAGUGACAAUUUAGACCUUAGGAUUACGUCUUUUUUCAUACAAUAAAUACCAUGCCAUAGUCACUCUUACCCUCCUAGAUUUAAUAACGUCCUUCCAAUAUUAUUUGCGAUCAUUUUAUAACGAUAAUGCAAAAAAUACAAAAAGAAAUGGGUGAAUUAAGUACUCCUGAAAUCCCAUUAAAGAAAUUCCAAGUAGAAGAAGAAGAUGAAGAUGUCACGAAAUCACAAGUUCUUGAUUCGUCGUAUGAUUACAAAGGAAGGAUUCCUCGUCGAGCUUCCACUGGCUCAUGGAAAGCCUCCUUCUUCAUCAUAGCCAUUGAGUUUAGUGAGAGAUUGAGCUACUUUGGAAUAGCAACAAAUUUGAUAACAUACAUGACAAAAGUGAUGCACCAAGACUUGAAAACGGCGGCGAGUAGUGUGAAUUUAUGGUCAGGAGUAACAACAGUGAUGCCUCUUCUUGGUGGGUUUCUUGCGGAUGCUUACACUGGCCGCUACUUCAUGAUUCUCUUCUCUGCCAUUAUCUAUGUCUUGGGCUUAGGUCUUUUUACCAUGACACAAUAUGUUCCAAGUCUUAAACCUUGUGGCAAAACCCCAAAUACAUGUGAUCAUGCUAGCAAGGUUCAUGAGGUAGUCUUCUUCAUAGCGGCCUACCUCGUGGCGCUAGCAACGGGUGGUCAUAAACCGUGCUUGGAGAGUUUCGGGGCAGACCAAUUCGAUGACAAUCAUUCAGAAGAACGGAAGCAAAAGAUGUCAUUUUUCAACUGGUGGAACGUUGCACUUUGUAGUGGCCUCUUCUUUGGUGUAACUUUGAUUGUGUACUUGCAAGACAAUUUUGGUUGGGGUGUUGGAUUUUUUAUACAAACAAUAACUAUGGGAGUUUCUGUCUUGAUAUUUGUUCUUGGAAGGCCAUUUUAUCGUUACAGGAGUGCCCGUGGUAGCCCCUUAACCCCGUUGUUGCACGUCUUUGUCGCUGCUAUUGCAAAGCGAAAUCUUCAUUGUCCUUCGGAUUCUUCCAUGUUAUAUGAGGUUUACAAUACAGAGAAACUCCAAGGACGACAUUUAAGUCACACAAAUAGGCUCAGAUUUCUUGACAAAGCUGCUAUAAUAGAAGAUGGUGAAUAUAAUGGAGCAACGAGGAAAAACCAAAGUCCGUGGAGGCUAGCAACCGUGACACAAGUAGAGGAACUAAAGCUCAUAAUAAACAUAAUUCCUAUUUGGCUAAAUUGUUUGGUGUUUGGCAUAGGCAUUGCACAAGGGUCUACAUUCUUCAUCAAGCAAGGAAGCGCGAUGGAUAGGAGAGUCUUCAAACACUUUGAAAUCCCACCGGCUUCAGUGUACACCCUAACGGCUCUAGGAAUGAUUGCCUCAGUUUUCUUCUACGACAAGGUCCUCCUACCAUACUUAAGGAGAGCCACGGGCAAUGAGAGAGGCAUCAACAUACUUACAAGAAUCGGUAUUGGUAUGGUCAUUUUAAUCAUAUCAAUGAUGAUUUCGGCCUUAGUGGAAAGGAAAAGGCUAACGAUAGCAUUGCAAGGGAAAAUGAUGAACGUAUUUUGGCUAGCUCCACAAUUCUUGCUAAUUGGUAUAGGGGACGGAUUUUCCCUAGUAGGAAUGCAAGAGUAUUUCUAUGACCAAGUUCCUGACUCGAUGAGGAGCUUAGGGUUGGCGUUUUACCUUAGUGUUAUCGGUGUAGGGAGCUUUCUUAGUACAUUUUUAAUAAACAUUGUGGACUACGUGACAGAGUUGAAAGGCGGUAAGGGAUGGAUAGGCAAGGAUUUGAACCAUAGUCGUCUUGAUUAUUUUUACUGGCUAUUGAUGAUCAUGGUUGUGUUGAACAUGUGUGUUUUCGUGUUUUUGGCCAAGAAUUAUAAGUACAAAAAUGUUCACAGAAGUACGGCUGUAAGUGAUUCUUGUAAUGGUGAGAAGACAGGGGAGAUGCAUAUGGCUAGUGUUUAAAAAGAUUUGUAAACUAUAUUGCUUACAGUGAAAUUCUUGUACUCUUAUAAUUAGAAUCAUAAAAAAUAUAAUGUAGUAACUAAUUUAAGUAUAAGAAGUAUGAAAUAGAAUUUUAUGCUCUCCA